UAAAACACAUUAUCACUCUGUAUUGUUUCCAUCUGAUGAAGACCAAUAUGAUGACCGCAAUGCUUCUGGUAGUCCUAUGUUGUUUCCAUGUUGCCUCAGGAGUGAUCCACACUCGUCAGUAUUUCCAUACUUGCACGUCUGGCAUCCCAAACUUCCCAGAGUUUGUAGUUGUUGGUGUUCUGGAUGGCCAACAGUCUGCCCAAUAUGACAGCUUCACCAAGAGAUUGGUCCUAAAAGAGUGGCUGGCUAAUAAAAAAUACUCUGAACACUGGAACUUCCAAACCGUAAUUGCAGCUAGAGUUGAGGCUACAUGUAAAGUCGACAUACGUGAUCUAACAUCUCGCUUCAACCAGACUGAAGGUGUGCACACGUGGCAGAGGAUGUAUGGCUGUCUGUGGGAUGAUGAGAGUAAUGCUGUGGAUGCAUUUGAUCAGUAUGGUUAUGAUGGAGAAGACUUUAUCUCACUGGAUCUGAAGAACCUGGAAUACAUCGCAGCAAAUCAACGGGCUGCCCUAACAAAAAACAAGUGGUACAAUAACAGGGAGUAUUUGCACUAUUUGAAGUAUGAUUACUUCUCCCAGUACUGCAUUGAGUGGCUGAAGAAGUAUGUGCAGUAUGCGAACAGCACUCUGGGGAGAACAGUCUCCCCUGAGGUCACCCUCUUCCAAAAGGACUCGGGAGUGGUGUGCCAUUCCACAGGUUUCUAUCCUGACGGAGUGGUGAUCACCUGGAAGAGGGAUGGAGAGGACCUGCAUGAAGACGUGGAUGUGUGGGAGACGCUGCCCAAUGAGGAUGGAACCUUCCAGAAGAGAGCUGAGCUUCUAGUGUCACCUGAGGAGAGGAAGAAGGGACAGUUCACCUGUGAGGUGGAACACAAAAGCGGAAAGCCCAUUGUUAAGACCUUGAUUGUGGAAGAUGGCAAGAACCUUGUUGGCAUCAUCAUUGGCUCUGGUGUCGUCGCUGCUCUUGUCAUGAUUGGUGUGGGUGUGGUUGUUGCCAUUGUCAUAAUGAAGAAGAAAGGCUACAACAUGGCAUCACAGUCCGAUGCCGGUCCAGAUACCUCUUUCCCAUUGCAAGGGAAGGAGCCGAGUGUGGUGAGCUGAGCAUGAAGAGUGAGGAACGAUGAAGAAUCGUGCAAAUCAACACUUUUUUU